UUUCUGCUUGACCUGUGAUGAACUUGGGCGCUGUGUUUUGCUGUUGGUUUGACUCUGUAGGACCCAGCGGAAAACUGCUCUUGCUGAAGAGAGACGGAGCAGGAGAGAGGGGGGAAAGCUGAGUGGAGAGAAGACGUUCCCAGACCAGUCAGUGGCUUCAUGGAGUUCUGUACCUCUGAUCCGCCGCCAUGGAUUGCAAUCCGCGAUCACUUCUUUUCAUUUUACACCUCCUAAUGUCCUGCGUUGUCCCUGCUUUCUUCAUCAUCUAUCCCCCCAAUGAAGUUAACCUGUUAGACUCUAAAGCAAGCCAAGGGGAGCUAGGAUGGAUUUCCUACCCAUCACAUGGGUGGAGGGAAAAUUGGGAGGAGAUCAGUGGUGUGGACGAGCACUACACCCCCAUCAGGACCUUCCAGGUCUGCAACGUGAUGGAGUACAGCCAGAACAACUGGCUUCGCACCAACUGGAUCCCUCGCCAGUCGGCGCAGAAGAUCUACGUGGAGCUGAAGUUCACCCUGCGGGACUGCAACUCCAUCCCGCUGGUCCUUGGCACAUGUAAGGAGACUUUUAACCUCCUCUACCUGGAGACAGACGAUGACCAGGGAAGCCACUUCAGGGAGCAUCAGUUUCAGAAGAUUGACACCAUUGCUGCCGAUGAGAGCUUUACCCAAACAGACCUUGGAGAUCGCAUCCUCAAGCUCAACACCGAGGUGCGGGAGGUGGGCCCUUUGAGCAAGAAAGGUUUCUACCUGGCAUUCCAGGACGUGGGUGCCUGCGUGGCUUUAGUCUCAGUCAGAGUUUACUUUAAAAAGUGUCCGCAAACUGUGAAGAAUUUGGCCUCCUUCCCUGACACUGUGCCCAUGGACUCCCAGUCCCUGGUUGAGGUCAAAGGCUUGUGUGUCAAUUACUCAAAAGAGGAGGAACCCCCACGAAUGUACUGUAGCACAGAGGGGGAGUGGCUUGUGCCUAUUGGGAAGUGUCUCUGUAACCCAGGAUACGAGGAGAGAAUCAGCACCUGCCAAAUGUGCAGGGCUGGCUUCUACAAAUCUACCCACGGCAACAUGGAGUGUUCAAAGUGUCCGCCCCAUAGCUUCUCCCACCAUGAGGGGUCAUUGCACUGUGGCUGUGAGAAAAAUUAUUUUCGGGCUGAAGGAGAUCCUGCCUCCAUGGCAUGUACACGACCUCCUUCUGCUCCCCGGAAUGUGAUCUCCUCCAUCAACGAGACCUCAGUUAUCCUGGACUGGAGCUGGCCGGAGGACACAGGAGGACGUAGGGAUAUCACUUUUAAUGUCCUCUGCAAACGCUGCCGGGGUGCGGCUGCCAAUGUGAGCACCAGUGGGACUCUGAACUGCGAGCCUUGUCGAAGCAACGUCCGCUUUCUGCCAAGAGCGACUGGUCUCCACAACACCACCGUGACAGUGGGUGACCUACUGGCUCAUACUAAUUACACCUUCGAGAUUGAAGCACAGAAUGGCGUAUCAUCACUGGCACCCAAAAUGAGACAAUAUGCUGCUGUCACCAUUACCACCAAUCAAGCAGCUCCCUCUCCAGUAACUGUGAUCCGAAAGGAGAAGACGUCUCGAAACAGUGUCUCAUUGUCCUGGCAGGAACCAGACAGACCCAACGGCAUCAUCCUGGACUAUGAGAUUAAAUACUACGAAAAGGUUGGUGGAGAAAAUAGUUAAAGGGUCAUAAUAACA